UGAGUGAGAGUGUGUGUGUGUGAGAGAGAGAGAGAGAGAGAGAGAGAGAGAGAGAGAGAGAGAGAGAGAGAGAGAGGGAGAGAGAGAGAGAGAAAAAAAAAGAGAGAGAGAGGAUGGAAAAACUAGGCUUUAUUGAUAUUUGAUAAUAAUUUGAAGAGUCACAGUUGUGGUAUGCUGCAUAUUUUACGGAGAAUCGAAAGCCAAUGAUGACAAUGGAAUCCAAUAAAUGGCAAGUUUGAUCACAAAAAUGACAGGGAAAUCUAAUUUAAGCAUCUGUUUUAAAUGACCUUAAAAUGUCAGAUUUUUGGCAGAUUUUUGGAACAGAUCAUGUUUUCCAUGUGUUCUUGCGUGAAGCAAGUUCGUGAAACAGGUCUAUGGAAUUUGCAGCUGCCUCAAGUUGAGGGUGAAAACUCCAACCUGUAACGUCCCAGCACUAUGACAUCAUCAUCCUCCGCCCCCCCAUGGCUCUGCCAUCACCACCAGCCAUACAGAGUAUCCUGGGGCAGAACCUGUCAAUCAACUCACUGGCCCCGCCUCCUUUGGCUGCUGUGGGUGUGGCUAGGUCUGGGGGUGUGGCCUGGCUCCUGCUCCCACCAGCACUUCCACCCCCACUCCAUCAAGAUCGCCGGUGACAUCACUCUGGGGGGGCUGUUCCCCGUGCACUCGCGCGGGCCUCACGGCCUUCCCUGCGGGGAGAUCAAGAAGGAGAAGGGCAUCCACCGCAUGGAGGCCAUGCUCUACGCCCUGGACCAGAUCAACUCCGACCCAGAGCUUCUGCCCAACAUCACCCUGGGGGCCCGCAUCCUGGACACCUGCUCCAGGGACACCUACGCCCUGGAGCAGUCACUCACCUUCGUCCAGGCGCUGAUCCAGAAGGACACGUCUGACAUCCGCUGCUCCAACGGUGAGCCGCCCAUCAUCAGGAAGCCGGAGAGGGUGGUGGGGGUGAUCGGGGCGUCGGCCAGCUCUGUGUCCAUCAUGGUGGCCAACGUGCUUCGGCUUUUUGAGAUCCCUCAGAUCAGCUACGCGUCUACAGCCCCAGAGCUGAGUGACAACAACCGCUAUGACUUCUUCUCCAGGGUGGUGCCUCCAGACUCCUACCAGGCCCAGGCCAUGGUGGACAUCGUCAAAGCCAUGGGCUGGAACUACGUCUCCACCCUGGCCUCUGAGGGGAACUAUGGAGAGAGCGGAGUGGAUGCCUUUAUGCAGAUCUCUCGUGAGGCAGGAGGCGUGUGUAUCGCCCAGUCCCUGAAGAUCCCACGGGAACCGAAGCCCGGAGAGUUUGAUAAGAUCAUCAAGAGGUUGAUGGAGACGUCUAAUGCUCGCGGGGUCAUCAUCUUUGCCAACGAGGAUGACAUCAAACGUGUCCUGGAGGCGGCAAAAAGGGCUAACCUUACAGGUCAUUUCCUGUUUGUGGGGUCGGACAGCUGGGGGGCGAAGAGCUCCCCCAUCGUGAAGCAGGAGGACGUGGCUGAGGGGGCCGUCACAAUCCUGCCCAAGAGAGCCUCCAUCGAGGGGUUUGACCAGUACUUCACCUCUCGUUCCCUGGAGAACAACCGCAGGAACAUCUGGUUCGCCGAGUUCUGGGAAGAUGACUUCCGCUGCAAACUCACCCGGCCCGGGAUCAAGAUCGACAGUGAGAAGAAGAAAUGCACAGGUGAGGAGCGCAUCGGUCGGGACACCCCCUACGAGCAGGAGGGGAAGGUGCAGUUUGUGAUAGACGCUGUGUACGCCAUGGCUCACGCCCUGCACAACAUGCACCAGGACCUGUGUCCCGGCUCCGUAGGGGUCUGCGACAAGAUGGACCCCGUGGAGGGACGCAUGCUGCUCAGCUACAUACGUGCCGUCAGCUUCAACGGUAGUGCAGGAACUGGGGUUCUGUUCAACGAGAACGGAGACGCCCCAGGGCGCUACGACAUAUUCCAGUUCCAGAUGUCCAACACCACCAACCCUGGCUACAGAGUCAUCGGACAGUGGACCAACAACCUCCGACUCAAUGUGGAGGACAUGCAGUGGUCAGGGGGCGACCGGCAGAUCCCAGACUCCGUCUGCAGCUUCCCCUGUGCCCCCGGAGAGAGGAAGAAGAUGGUGAAGGGCGUGCCCUGCUGCUGGCACUGCGAGCUCUGCGACGGCUACCAGUACCAGCUGGACGAGCUCACCUGCGAGACCUGCCCCUUCGACAUGAGGCCCACCCCCAACCGCACCUCCUGCCGCUCCACGCCCAUCAUCAAGCUGGAGUGGCACUCGCCCUGGGCCAUCAUCCCCGUCUUCCUCGCCAUCCUGGGGAUCCUCGCCACGUCCUCCGUGGUCAUCACCUUCAUCCGCUUCAACGACACGCCCAUCGUGCGCGCCUCGGGCCGCGAGCUGAGCUACGUGCUGCUGACGGGCAUCUUCCUCAUCUAUCUGAUCACCUUCCUGAUGAUCGCCGAGCCCGGUGCCGUGGUGUGUGCCUUCCGGAGACUGCUGCUGGGCCUGGGCAUGUCCAUCACCUACUCGGCCAUGCUGACCAAGACCAACCGGAUCUACCGCAUCUUCGAGCAGGGCAAGAAGUCCGUGUCUCCGCCCAGGUUCAUCAGCCCCACCUCUCAGCUCGUCAUCACCUUCGUCCUUAUAUCUGUACAGGUCCUAGGGGUGUUUGUUUGGUUCGCGGUGGUGCCCCCCCACACCACCAUCGACUACGAGGAACAGCGCCCCCCCAACCCUGAGCUAGCCCGCGGGGUCCUGAAGUGUGACAUGUCGGACCUCUCGCUCAUCUGCUGUCUGAGCUACAGCAUUGUUCUCAUGGUUACCUGCACCGUCUACGCUGUGAAGAGCCGGGGCGUGCCUGAGACCUUCAACGAGGCCAAGCCAAUAGGAUUCACCAUGUACACCACCUGCAUCAUCUGGCUGGCCUUCGUGCCCAUCUUCUUUGGCACAGCCCAGUCCACAGAGAAGAUGUUCAUCCAGACCACCACACUGACCGUCUCCAUGAGUCUGAGUGCCUCUGUGUCUCUGGGGAUGCUCUACAUGCCCAAGGCCUACGUCAUCCUCUUCCACCCCGAACAGAACGUCCAGAAGAGGAAGAGGAGCUUCAAGGCCGUGGUCCAGGCAGCCACCAUGUCUACCCACCUCUCCACCAAGUCCAACGACAAGCACAACGGAGAGACCAAGAUAGAGCCAGACAGAACCCAGUAGACCAG